AUUUUCUCUCUCUCUAGGUUUGGUCUUGUCUUCUCUCACUCUCUCUCUACAGUUCCAAUAAUGGUGUUGGUUAUUGCAAGGCCAUUGAUCAAUAACACAUAAAACUUCACUUGUUAAAUUGUUCCCCCUUACAAAUUCUUCUUCUUCUUCUUCGUUACAAAUUAAUAUAUGUAUAUAUAUUCGUAAUUGCAGCACAGUAGUAUGAGAUGAGAAACCAUGGAUGGCAGCUUCCUUACCAUCCACUACAGGUGGUUGCAAUGGCGGUUUUUGUGGCAUUAGGGUUUGCUUUCUAUGUGUUCUUUGCCCCUUUCUCUUCUGUGGGAAUUAAUGGAAAUCAUAAACAGCAACUCAUCUACCACUUCAUACUCAUCGCCAUUUACACUCCCCUCCUUUUGUCGUCUUUCGGAUUGUACAUUUGGUGUGCCGCCGUUGAUCCAGCCGAUCCGGGCGUGUUUCGAUCAAAAAAAUAUACUGGCAUUUCCGAUAAGCAUGGUCCUAUGUUGUCUGAAGAGAAGACAUCCUCUGCUCGUUGCUGCUACCGUGUCACGGCUGCGCUAGCUUCAUUACCUUGUGUUUGUUUGCGCGAAUCGGACAGUAAGUCCUCCGAUCAACGGAGCGACGAAGAUCAGUUGUACUUUUGCAGUUUGUGCCGAGUCGAGGUUUUGAAGUAUAGCAAACAUUGCCGGGUUUGCAACAAGUGUGUCGACAACUUCGACCAUCAUUGCCGGUGGCUAAACAAUUGCAUCGGAAAACGGAACUAUCGCAAAUUUUUCGCUCUCAUGGUUUCGGGGCUUCUCUUGCUUGUGCUUCAAUGGUCGACCGGGAUCCUCGUACUCGUCCUAUGUUUCCUCGAUAGGAAGCAAUUCGUCGUCGAUAUCAGCUCGAAGUUGGGAAGUAGUUUUACCGUGGUUUCUUUCGUGAUUGUCGUGGCUGUGUUCACCAUAUUGGCGAUGAUUGCGACGCUUCCGCUCGCUCAACUUUUCUUCUUUCACAUUCUUCUGAUCAAGAAGGGGAUUACGACGUACGAUUAUGUUAUCGCGCUACGGGAGCAAGAGCGACCAUCUGGUCGUGAAGACGAGCAUAGCCCUCAGAUGUCGCCGGUGAGCUCUCUUACCGGAAUAAGUAGCGUAAGCUCCUUCAACACCUUCAAUCGGGCGGCGGCAUGGUGCACGCCGCCGCGCUUAUUCGUCGAAGAUCAGUUCGACGCGGUGCCUACGGACAACGGAUCCAUAACUUCAUUUAGAAAGAAAACGACAACAUCGGGCGAACAAGAAACCGUGAAAAAGCUUCCGGCACCCGUCAAGAUAAGCCCGUGGACACUAGCUCGGCUAAAUGCAAACGACGUGUCGAAGGCAGCCGACGAGGCGAGGAAGAAGUCCAAAAUUCUACGGCCCGUGCCGAGGCUCGAACCGAAGUACUUAAACGACGAGACUGAUGGCAAGCGCAUUCGUUUGCCCGUCGAAUCUUUGUCAACACUUCGACAUAAAACCGUCGACUUGCCCGUCAUUGCGGCUUCUUCGUCGGAGAGUAGUCUCGACUCUCCCGACAUUCUUCGUUCAAGAUUGACGUCGAGCAUGGCUACAGCUACGGCUUCUCGAAACGACGUUGCGAUCCCUUUCUCGAGAUCGACCAGCGACGGGUACGAUGCGUCGGGGGGAGAAGAUAGCGAUCGGGUCCCUACGCGGAUCGUGCAUCGAUUGAGCGACUGGCGUAGCCUUCCGAUUGUUUCUGGCUCACGCCAGAACAUAGGAAGGUCUGCGCCUUUAAAAUUAUAGAACGGGUGAAACAGUUGUUUGAUCUGAAAUUAUAUAUAUAUAUAUAUAUUGAUGAUUUUUUU